ACUCCCAGCCUUUGACGACGUCGUAUGGUCCAAACGAUACUGCACUAAGCAUCUCCCUUGCUGAAGAGCCACCAUUUCCGACUUGGAGAGCUCAAACCUGCACUUGAAUAGAAAACCCUAAAAGCUCACAUUUCUCCGAUCGAAUAGAAGAAUACAUGGCGAUGACUGCAUUGAGACGCGAGGGUAGGCGGAUAUCCGGCCUUCUCAUGUCUCCUCAUCCCGUCAACCUCCUGCGCUCUUCUCUCGCUUCUUCCGACAGGGAGCAGGUAUUAGUGGGAGCUCGUUCUAUCUCAACUCAAGUUGUUCGCAACCGUAUGAAGAGUGUAAGGAAUAUUCAGAAAAUUACAAAGGCUAUGAAGAUGGUUGCAGCUUCAAAGCUCCGGGCUAUUCAGACCAGAGCUGAAAAUUCACGUGGCCUAUGGCAGCCAUUUACAGCUCUUCUUGGUGACAUCCCAAGUGUGGAUGUCAAGAAGAAUGUUAUUGUCACAAUCUCCUCAGAUAAAGGACUCUGUGGUGGAAUUAACUCUACUGCUGUCAAGAUAAGCAGGGGCAUCCAUAAAUUAAAUUCUGGUCCCGAAAAGGAAUGUAAAUAUGUCAUUUUGGGAGAGAAGGCCAAGGCCCAACUUGUGCGAGACUCAAAGAAAGACAUUGAGCUAUCGAUGACUGAGUUGCAGAAGAAUCCUCUGAACUAUACUCAGGUUGCUGUGCUUGCUGAUGACAUCUUAAAGAAUGUAGAGUAUGAUGCAUUAAGGAUUGUUUUCAACAAGUUCCAGUCGGUGGUCUCGUUUGUGCCAACAACCUCAACCGUCUUGUCUCCUGAGGUUGUGGAGAGAGAAGCUGAAGCUGGGGGAAAGCUUGGCGAAUUGGAUUCUUAUGAAAUUGAAGGAGGUGAAACUAAGUCAGAAGUGCUUCAAAAUCUCGCAGAAUUUCAAUUCUCUUGUGUUAUGUUCAACGCAGUCCUAGAAAAUGCUUGCAGUGAGCAGGGAGCUAGAAUGUCUGCAAUGGAUAGCUCCAGUAGAAAUGCAGGAGAUAUGCUUGAUCGCCUUACUCUUACUUAUAACAGAACUCGUCAAGCAUCUAUCACUACCGAAUUGAUAGAGAUUAUUUCUGGAGCAUCAGCCUUGGAGGGCUAGUUAAACAAGGCUUCCGUCUCCUUGUCUUCCCUUGUCAGAUGGUGACGAAAUAAAAGUAUUUGUGAAGGACACUUUUUCCCUUUUUGACAAUGCACUAUCGAGCUUACAGUUUAAUAUACUUCAAUAAUCCCCUGGCUACUUCACACAGAGGAUGCAGGCAUUUGCUUUCAAUUUCUAUUAAAUCCUGCUCAUUAUCUCAUUUUUAUGAUCUUUAAUCAUGAUUUCACUUGGACAGGGUACCAAGAAAGUAUUUUCACUUA